GGCAGAGGAGGAGGAGGAGGAGCGGGCGCCGUGUCGCACGCAGCUCCAGGCGGGGCAGCCCGGGCGCUGAGGGACGCGGCCAGACCUCGGCGGGGCCCCGCGAGCACUACACGCCGUCGCCCGAGCGUCGGGGGGCGCCCGGAGAUGCGGGUUUGCCUGCAAUGAGAUUUUACUUUCUACACUUAAAGAACAUUCUUCCUGAGCUGCUGUGAAUAAAUUUGGAAUGAUACUGUCUAUUUUCAACUAAUGGAGAAUUAGCUGUGUCUUUACAAGGGUACUGGACAACUUCAGAACAUCCCUCAUAAUGUCAUCAAACAGGAGUCAGAAUCCCCAUGGACUAAAGCAGAUUGGUCUUGACCAGAUCUGGGAUGACCUCAGAGCAGGGAUUCAGCAGGUAUAUACCAGACAAAGCAUGGCGAAGUCCAGAUACAUGGAGCUCUACACUCAUGUUUAUAACUACUGUACUAGUGUGCAUCAGUCCAACCAAGCGCGGGGAGCUGGAGUCCCUCCUUCCAAGUCAAAAAAGGGGCAGACUCCUGGGGGAGCUCAGUUUGUUGGCUUAGAGUUAUACAAGCGACUGAAGGAGUUUUUGAAGAAUUACCUGACAAAUCUUCUCAAGGAUGGAGAAGAUUUAAUGGAUGAGAGUGUGCUGAAGUUCUACACUCAGCAGUGGGAAGAUUACCGAUUUUCCAGCAAAGUGCUGAAUGGCAUCUGUGCCUACCUCAAUAGACAUUGGGUUCGCCGAGAAUGUGAUGAAGGCCGAAAAGGAAUAUAUGAAAUCUAUUCACUUGCAUUGGUGACGUGGAGAGAUUGUUUGUUCAGGCCAUUGAAUAAACAGGUAACAAAUGCUGUUUUAAAACUGAUUGAAAAGGAAAGAAAUGGCGAAACCAUAAACACAAGACUGAUUAGUGGAGUUGUACAGUCUUAUGUGGAAUUGGGGCUGAAUGAAGAUGACGCUUUUGCAAAGGGCCCUACGUUAACAGUGUAUAAAGAAUCCUUUGAGUCUCAAUUUUUGGCUGACACAGAGAGAUUUUAUACCAGAGAAAGUACUGAAUUCUUGCAGCAGAACCCAGUUACUGAAUAUAUGAAGAAGGCUGAGGCGCGUUUGCUUGAAGAGCAGCGGAGAGUGCAGGUUUACCUCCAUGAGAGCACACAAGAUGAACUAGCCCGGAAAUGUGAGCAGGUCCUCAUCGAAAAACACUUGGAAAUUUUCCACACAGAGUUUCAGAAUUUGUUGGAUGCUGACAAGAAUGAAGAUUUGGGCCGCAUGUAUAAUCUUGUAUCUAGAAUUCAGGAUGGCCUAGGAGAAUUGAAAAAACUACUAGAGACACAUAUUCAUAAUCAGGGUCUUGCGGCAAUUGAGAAGUGUGGAGAAGCUGCUUUAAAUGACCCAAAGAUGUAUGUGCAGACGGUUCUGGAUGUCCAUAAGAAGUACAAUGCCCUGGUGAUGUCAGCGUUCAACAAUGAUGCUGGCUUCGUGGCUGCACUUGAUAAGGCUUGUGGUCGCUUCAUAAACAACAAUGCAGUUACCAAAAUGGCCCAGUCAUCCAGUAAAUCCCCUGAGCUGCUUGCUCGGUACUGUGACUCCUUGCUGAAGAAAAGUUCCAAGAACCCAGAAGAGGCAGAGCUAGAGGACACCCUCAAUCAAGUGAUGGUGGUCUUCAAGUACAUCGAGGACAAAGAUGUAUUUCAGAAGUUCUAUGCAAAGAUGCUCGCUAAGAGACUGGUGCAUCAGAACAGCGCGAGCGACGAUGCUGAAGCAAGCAUGAUCUCCAAGUUAAAGCAAGCUUGUGGUUUUGAGUACACCUCCAAACUUCAGCGAAUGUUUCAAGACAUUGGUGUAAGCAAAGAUCUGAAUGAACAGUUCAAAAAGCACCUAACAAAUUCAGAACCACUGGACUUGGACUUCAGUAUCCAGGUCCUCAGUUCCGGAUCGUGGCCCUUCCAGCAGUCUUGCACGUUUGCCUUGCCGUCUGAGCUGGAGCGCAGCUAUCAACGGUUUACAGCCUUCUAUGCCAGCCGCCACAGCGGCAGAAAACUGACAUGGUUGUACCAGCUGUCCAAAGGGGAACUAGUCACUAAUUGCUUCAAAAACAGAUACACUCUUCAGGCAUCCACAUUCCAGAUGGCAAUCCUGCUUCAGUACAACACGGAAGACGCCUACACUGUGCAGCAGCUGACUGACAGCACUCAAAUUAAAAUGGACAUUUUGGCACAAGUCCUACAGAUUUUACUGAAGUCAAAGUUGCUGGUCUUGGAAGAUGAAAAUGCAAAUGUUGAUGAGGUGGAAUUGAAGCCAGACACCUUAAUAAAGUUAUAUCUUGGUUAUAAAAACAAGAAAUUAAGGGUUAAUAUCAAUGUACCAAUGAAAACCGAACAGAAGCAGGAACAAGAAACCACACACAAAAAUAUAGAGGAAGACCGCAAACUACUGAUUCAGGCGGCCAUCGUGAGGAUCAUGAAAAUGAGGAAGGUCCUGAAACACCAGCAGUUACUUGGUGAAGUCCUCACUCAGCUGUCCUCCAGGUUCAAACCUCGGGUCCCAGUUAUCAAGAAAUGCAUUGAUAUUCUCAUCGAAAAAGAAUAUUUGGAACGAGUCGAUGGUGAAAAGGACACCUACAGUUACUUGGCCUAACCCUUCUAAAAGGGUCUGUGACCCACAGCAAAAUAGUUCUGGCGAAUAGAAUGGACACGACUCAAGUUCAUAGCAGCCAGCCUGCCACCAUUUGGAUCUCCCUUUUUAAAGCUGAGACCACAGUUCUUGCCACCUGGUCUCA